AUGAUUCUCCACACAUCCCGCAACUUGAAAGCUUCGAAACCGCUCACCGAAGACAAGAAGCGCGCUUUCAAGAAGUCCAAGCUCUUGUGCAUUGAGGCCAAUACUCUCCCAAGUUCCUCAGCCCACGGUAGGCGAGGGCUUAGUGGCUUCCAACGCACGGCCGUGCUUUACCGUACCACCAUCCUGCAAGCAUUCACCGGUUUGUAG